CAUCUCAAAGUUGCAGAGCAUCCUUUAAUCCCCGCCUGCCUCUCUGUCUGACUCCUCUCUUACCUGCCCGUUCUGCCGCCGCUGCAUCUCCUCCCCUUCUCUCCAGCCUGCGAGACUUUUUUACUGAAGCCUUCACCCCGAUAAAGAAGUGCGGCUCGAAGCGUUUGGAAAGAUGUUAGCUUGCGCCGAGAUGAUCACUAUGUGCCUGCAGUCGGCCAAACAGAAGCAUCUUCGGGCUCAGCAGCAACAGCAGCCGCUGCACAGCUCCGGACAGGGGCUUACUAUCUUUCACGAUAUUUUCCGCAGAGCUGACAAAAAUGAUGACGGCAAGUUGUCAUUUGAGGAGUUCAAUGCUUACUUUGCGGAUGGGAUCCUGACAACCGAAGAGCUUCAGGAACUUUUUUACUCCAUAGACGGACGGCAGAAUAACAAUCUGGACACCGACAAGUUAUCAGAUUAUUUUUCUGAGCACCUCGGAGAAUAUGUAAAUGUUCUCUCAGCUCUGGAGAGCCUGAACAUUGCCAUUUUAAAAGCAAUGGAUAAAACUAAAGAGGAGUACCAAGGUGCCAGUGUGUUGGGUCAGUUCGUCACCAGGUUCAUGCUAAGAGAGACAUCCAGUCAGCUGUUGUCCCUGCAGAGCUCCCUUCAGUGUGCCAUGGAGGCUGUGGAGGAGCAGAGCAGCCCCGCUCCGAGGGAGGUAAAGGCUCCCGAGCUGACAGCGGUACAGAAAAAUGGCAGGCGGUGUGGUCGUAGGGUCCAUAACAACCUGUGUGUGUCUUCGUCUGAUCCCUGCACUGGGACGCCAAACACAGGUGUCAACAUAGAAGAUGAAGAAAACUGGUGCUCUCAGGUCAACCGACUGCAGCAACUUUUGGAUAAACUGGAGUGUCAGGGUCCCAAGUUGGAGCCGCUUAAGGAGGAUUCGCUCGCCAGCACGUACAAGUCUAACAUCCUGCUGGUUCAGAGGCAGAUGUCCGUCGUAGACGAUGAACUAGAUAACUUCCGGAAAGUUCUCAACAGCUACAUCGAUGCCACUUCAGCUCACUCUGACAACUUGCAUGUGUCUGUUCAGAAGCUUCCGGGAAAGUCGUGUUACAUAAUGUAUGAGUUCUGGCAAGACCGCAUCUCCUGGAUGAGCUAUCUUCAGACCAACAGCAGCAAAGAUUUCCAACGCUGUAUCAUUGACAUGAUGGAGGAUGCUGAGAUGGUUUCUACCAUGUUGCUGCCAGCUUCCUGGUGGAUUAUGACUAACAACUGAAUCUGGAAUGUCACAUCGACUACCUACAUGGUCUCACUGAGAAAGACGCACUGGCACAUCAAUCCCACCUACCCACAUGCACUCUAACACACACGCACAGAGCAAAAGCAUUUUUAUAUUUUAAAGCACAAGAAAAAAAAAACAAACAAAAAAAAACACCCUAUCUGCACAUUUUCGGCUGCUUUCUCUAAUGCUCCAGUCUUCAGCCGUUCAUUAUUUUUGCCACUUACAUCCAAAGGCAUAUCUGCAUUCAGUGGCCUGCAAAGUCAAACGUAACUGGCUCUCUGCAAUUGAAAAGCCAUUUAAUGAUUUCAUAACCCUUCUCCUUUGCCAUAUGGCCACCUUUCUCCUGCAGUGUUUGCCUGAUAUAUUAUUCCAAUCAAGAACAAGCUACAACACAGGGAGAGAUGGAACACUAUUUAGUUUGAAAACCCGUCUUGCAAUGUUAUAUGUAUAUGAAGAUCUUUUUAAACACUGGACACAGAUUUAAUGAAAAACCAGAGAGUAUGUGGGGAUAAAGGACAGUUGUAUCUUUAACAUGCAUGCCGAUGUGGCUUCCUCCCACUGUACAUGAUGUAAGAUAUUGUUGCUCGGUUUGUUGCUUUCAUUUAUCUAACCUGCUGUUAUGUGCACAGAAUGCCAAACAAGCUGUUGAUAUAGCUGCUAUACUCUAUCUACUCCUAACUAUACAAGUGUUCACGUACUCUAUUAGUUAACCUCCAGCUGUCCAUAUGAGUCAUAUUCUAUAUCUUAAAAUGCAAAAAAUAUGUAUUUAAAAAAUGUGCAUAUAAAAGAGAUGAAAUGCAUUGUAUUGUUGAGUUAAAUAAAGCGAUAAAUAUAUCAUGCAUUUAUUUUGAUCAUGCUGGCCCUUACUGUAUCUGUAUAUACAGACUUCUUGAACUGUACUGUAUGAGUCCCCUUUUAUUUGAUUUAGAAAUCUACAGAGUGAAAUGCAACUCUAAUAAAAGUAUUAUAAAAUUUCUAAAUGUUUUCUGAAAAGAAUUAAAAAGGUUUUCACCCAA